AUCGAAUGGGGCAACCAUGCGCUUCGACCCGGAGCUGGGCUGGGGCGCCAACGCAGGGCUGAAGGUGGCACAAGACCUUCUGGAGCCCGUCAAGAAGAAGUUCCCGUCUGUCUCCUACUCUGAUCUCUGGAUCUACGCGGCAUGCGUCGCCAUUGAGGAGAUGGGCGGCAACAAGGUGCCCUUCACACCGGGCCGCAAGGACAAGAGCAGCGGCAAAGAGUGCCCUGCCUGGGACGGCCCUACCUGCAAGGACGGUCGCCUGCCAAGUGCCGACAUGGGCAGCCCUGACAAGACCGCUGCGCACCUCAGGCUGAUCUUCAACCGAAUGGGCUUCAACGACCAGGAGAUCGUGGCCUUGAGCGGCGCCCACGGCUUGGGCGCCUGUCACACCGACCGCAGCGGCUUCUGGGGUCCGUGGACACGGGCGCCCACCACUGUCA